CACACACACACACACACACACACACACACACAAGACUAUUCUCUUAAACUGUGAAGUGUUGCUCCUCUCUCUCCUUAUCCAUGGCGUCUGCAUUUGUUACAUUGGCUAAACCCUUCACUUCUCACUCCACUUAUCUUCCUUCUUUCUCUACCCAAAGACCCAUUGGUUUGAGGAGAAGUUCUUUGAGAAUUAAUGCCAUUUCCAAGAAAUAUGAACCCACAAAGGUUGUGCCACAAGCUGAUAGAGUUUUGAUUCGGUUGGAGGAGUUGCCUGAGAAAUCUGCUGGUGGAGUUUUGCUUCCGAAAUCGGCAGUGAAGUUCGAGCGCUAUCUUAUGGGAGAAGUUCUUUCUAUUGGUUCUGAGGUUGCCCACGUAGAGGCUGGGAAGAAGGUUCUUUUCUCUGACAUCAACGCUUAUGAGGUGGAUUUGGGAACCGAUGGCAGGCAUUGUUUCUGUAAGGAGAGCGAGUUGCUGGCUUUGGUUGAAUGAAGUGUCUCCCCUUUGCAUUCUAUUAUGUCAGGGCGCUAAGUUUUGCCAGCUUCUUAGCCAAAACACAGUGAUACUGCGGAUGUAUUGUACAAUCUCAUAUUUUGUAGAACAAAAUGUUGAGAUUUAACAUUUUUAGUGGAUGUUUUUUUGGUUUACUGGCAGUAAGUGUUGAGAUUGAGUUAAAAGUUUCUUCUUUUUUAGUUUUUCAUUUUUCUUCUCUUCAAUAACUAUUACUGCAUAAAGAAUCAAAACUACAUUCAGACCAUUAUUGAGUUCACAAAGAAUUCUUGUCCA